CAAAAUUCUCUUCUCAAUAGCGAUGGCCCCUGAUCUAUUACAAAAAACAAACUUCCAUCUCUAAGCAACUGAUCUCUUAGCAACAAGAAGCACCUGCAUAAAAGAUGCCACAGAGAGUGAGCACCAGAAAACCUAUCCAGAUCUUUAAACGGAGCACAUCAGUAGCAAAGCUAGCACUCUUCACGGGCAAAAAUCAAGAAGUAACGAGAGGACACAGGCAAAGCAGAAUCUCUGGGAAAAGAUGGUGCUGGAAACUCUGAAUCCAAUGCACUACAACCUCAGCAGCCUCGUACCCGAUACUGUGCCCGUGGCCACCGUGCCCAUCCUCAUUCUCAUGUUCUUUCUCUUUCUGAUAUGGAAUCAUGAAGAAACUUCAUCAAUACCAGGGCCGGGAUACUGCAUGGGAAUCGGUCCCCUCAUUUCACACGGGAGAUUUCUCUGGAUGGGAGUAGGUAAUGCCUGCAACUACUACAAUAAGACAUAUGGAGAAUUUGUGAGAGUUUGGAUCAGCGGUGAAGAAACAUUUAUAAUUAGCAAAUCCUCAAGUGUGUUCCAUGUAAUGAAACACUGGCAUUACGUUUCUCGAUUUGGGAGCAAGCUUGGAUUACAGUGCAUUGGCAUGUAUGAAAAUGGCAUCAUAUUUAAUAACAACCCAGCACACUGGAAAGAAAUUCGACCCUUUUUCACCAAAGCUCUGUCUGGCCCCGGGCUGGUGCGUAUGAUUGCAAUUUGUGUUGAAUCGACAAUUGAUCACCUGGACAGACUAGAGGAAGUAACCACUGAAGUCGGAAACAUCAAUGUGUUGAAUCUUAUGAGACGGAUCAUGCUUGACACAUCCAACAAGCUUUUUCUUGGGAUCCCUUUGGAUGAACAUGCCAUUGUACUUAAGAUUCAAAACUACUUUGAUGCUUGGCAAGCGCUUUUAUUAAAGCCUGACAUCUUUUUCAAGAUUUCUUGGCUGUGCAAGAAAUAUGAAGAGGCAGCCAAGGAUCUGAAAGGAGCAAUGGAAAUCUUAAUAGAACAGAAACGACAAAAGCUUUCCACUGUUGAAAAGCUGGAUGAACAUAUGGAUUUUGCAUCCCAGUUGAUUUUUGCACAGAACAGAGGGGAUCUGACCGCGGAGAACGUGAACCAGUGUGUGCUGGAGAUGAUGAUUGCUGCUCCCGACACUCUGUCGGUGACACUCUUCUUCAUGCUAAUCCUGAUUGCGGAGCACCCCACAGUGGAAGAGGAGAUGAUGAGAGAAAUUGAGACUGUUAUGGGUGACAGAGAUAUACAGAGUGAUGACAUGCCCAAUUUAAGAAUCGUGGAGAAUUUCAUUUAUGAGAGCAUGAGGUACCAGCCAGUGGUGGACUUAAUCAUGCGAAAAGCUUUACAAGAUGAUGUAAUUGAUGGCUAUCCUGUGAAAAAGGGGACAAACAUUAUUCUCAAUAUUGGACGUAUGCAUAAGCUUGAGUUCUUCCCAAAGCCGAAUGAGUUUUCUCUAGAAAAUUUUGAGAAAAAUGUUCCUUCACGCUACUUCCAACCAUUUGGAUUUGGUCCUCGGGGCUGUGUAGGAAAGUUUAUCGCCAUGGUAAUGAUGAAAGCAAUUCUGGUGACUCUCCUGAGACGGUGCAGAGUACAGACAAUGAAAGGAAGAGGCCUUCACAACAUCCAGAAAAACAAUGACUUAUCCAUGCACCCGAUAGAACAGCAGCCUCUGCUGGAAAUGGUUUUCACACCAAGAAGAAACACAAAGAAGAAUCAGGAUGACUAAACUGGAUCAGCACUGAAGUUACAGUGCUUUCCCAGCCACAGCCACUAAGAAACACCUAAUUGGAAUACCUAACGUAACAUCUAUUUCUACAUUCUCUGUGCCCUUUAAACUAAGAAACUGUUUGAGCUGUAGGUAGAGAAAACAAAAAAGCCACCACAAGAAAAACAAAGAAAGAAAACCACAAACAGGUCACAUCCCACCAUUCUUACUCAUUCUGUAUCAUAAAACACCAAAAGGGGAAAAAGGGUACUUCAGUGGUCACACAUUUCCGUUUGUAUGAGAACUUUAAAAAGAAAUCCACUGAAGAGUCUUUCUUCUUGGGAACAGACUGCUAUUUUAUACACAGUAUGCACAUCUUGGUUUAUUUCACACACAAAACCUUUUUAUAGCCGUAAUUUAUUCUCUGCUUUUCCAUCUCAUAAUUAUAGGUCUCUCCCUGAGUAAAAUUUUUCACGAGGUUGGACUUAAUAAAUUACUUUUAUCAUUCUAAUUUUGAAAUAAUUAUAUGAAAUCAUGUAGAUAUAUGGAGAAUGCAUGCUGCUCUGAUUUAUUUAAUGUAUUAUAUCUUACUGAAUUUGUAGGCUGGAAUUUCAGAAACAGUAUUACCAUAAUUAUUCUAUGGAAGAAAUAAAAGUCUCAUUUUUUACUUUUUGGAAGCAAGCCUGCAGAAUUAUUUCCCAUUGUAUUUUAAGUAUAUUCUUUCUGAUAAGCUUUGCACAUAGUGUUUGUGGUCCUCAAAUUUCUACAGUACUUAGUUUUGUCCACAUUUGGAAAAUAGCUCAAUUAAUUAAUUCGAGCUGUUAACUAGUCUGAGCCCUGUUCUCCAUAUCUUUAUUAUUGCUGUAAUGCAGUGGUCUAUUUGCAUGAAUAUUUGCACAAUAAGGUCUAUCUCCCCUCCUCAUACACUUGCACAUUUGAGACCUGCAGUUGGUGAAGCAAUGUUUCAGAGCUUGCCAUGUAGAUAUAAACAGUUUACAUCUUUUCAAUGUAUGUAUGCCAUAGUACAAAACAGAGCUCCCCUUUUAAAUGUUGUUAUAUUACCAGGUACUGUAAAAAUUUAAGUGAUUUUUAAAGCCACGUCGAGUGACUACAUCAAGUGACUAUUCCAUUAAUGUUCAAUACAUCAAGAUAGACCAAAAUUGAAGACUGUGUUUUAUACAUCACUGUGAUUAUGGGCUGCUCACAGCACAUAGAUGUGGAUGUUAGAAAACAAAGUAAUCAUCAAAUAAAAGUUGUAUGCACAAAAACAA